AUGGCCGCUCAUUUCAGCAUACAUUCGGAUAUGAGGGAUAUCAUAAUUCCUGGAAAGAACCAUAUGUUUAAUCGUAACGUCGGUGGGGACGGUUGCAACAAUAGUACUGCAAAUCCGAAUUUUACCUCGCAAAACCACAAUGAAGGAGCACAUCAGGACAACAAUUUCAGUCUAAAGGGUUUCCUAAAAGGCCAUAUAGAAAUCGUGGCUAUUGUGGCACUUACGUUUUUGGGCUUCUUAGCCAUCACCUUAUUUGUCCUAUAUAGGCAUGCGAUCUUCGGAACCUCCAACGACAGCAAAUCUGUGAUCACAUCAAGUCCAACUCCCAAGUCAAUCAGCUCACAAGCAAGCAGGACAAUCCCACCUCUUCCACGACUUUCCCAAUCUCCCCUAGUACCUUGAACGCUCCACCCGAAAAGCCCGCCACUCCAGCCUCGUCAUACCCCCUUACAUCCGCGAUUGCCACCGCAGACUCGCAA